AUGAGUGUGAUCGAAAAUGGACGAUUCUGCAAGGAUGGACAAUACGAUGUUAUCCUGAGACUUGCGCAGGAACAAGGUUCUAUAAUACCUUCGGAUUGGAAGAUACGUUUCACGCUCUAUUGGGAUUGCAAGGUCCAUCUUCCAUUAAAGCCUUUAGAACAAAAACCUUACUUAAUUUCGGAUCUUCAAAAAGACGUUCUUCCAGUUUCAUAUAUAUAUCGUGUAGCUGAUUACAGUAAAUGUUUGAUGAUUCACCUUGAAAGUAAUCAUGUUCAUUUGAAAUUUAGGAUCAAGAAUGGGAAACAACCGCAAAAUGAUCGUGUCAUUGCUGUGACUUCAAAUGAAGAUUUUUCGGAAUUCGAAUAUUUUCUGAUAGACAAACGAGAUGGCAGUUGGACCAUCAAACCAUUCAUUUAUCCCUUGAAGCAGUAUACCGCUCCACCUCUUGCCAUAUCAUCAUUGCCCAGCAGCAAUUUCUAUCAUUCUCACACGUUCACUCCCUUCAAGGAAGGUGACGUUGACUCGGAGGACGAGAUUUGCACUCACUGGUUAGAACAGCUGAAUGAUGAGACUCUAGAUGAGCUUUCGGACGUGAGUGACAAGGAAAAACAGAUGAUGAAGAUUUGGAAUCGAUACAUAGAACCCAAAAGGGGACUGGCAGACAAAAAUUUAUCAUCUGUUUGCAUUGAAUUCGCCAAGUCGCGCGCUCACCAGAUUGUUGAACUGGAUCUGCGGAAUGAAUUUGCGUUUCAUCUGCUCAACAUUCUCGAGUUUCAAAUCAUUGACAGUGGCUGCGUCACCAAAUGUUUGGGACUUGUUGAUAAGGUGAUUAAACAGCACUGA